AUGGCGGCAAUCGCAGCAGCAUCGGUAGCUGCCACCGCGGCCGGCUUCACGUAUCUCGAUGGUAAAUACAAUUUGCGACAGGAUUGGCAAGCCAUCCGCUCGAAGGCCAGGGGUACAAAACAACUCCAAAAAGCGAUCCAAGAAAAGCGUCUGUCACCAUACUACUUCUUCGAAAAGCACGCGCAAACCCAACCCGGUAAAGAAUGCAUCUGGUCGCGCCAAGGUAGCUUCACAUACGCCGAGACGUACUACCGCGUGAACCAAUACGCGCAAUGGUUUCUUCGCGAAGGCGUUCAACCCGGCGAUCUCGUCGCUCUAUUCAUGGCUAACAGUCCCGACUUCGUGUUCGCAUGGAUGGGCCUGCUAGCUAUCGGUGCGGCUCCUGCACUCAUUAACCAUAAUCUAACCAAACAAGCGCUACUCCACUGCCUCGGUAUCGCCAAGACAAAACUCGUCCUCGCUGACGGUGCACCGCAACUUCUCGAGCGUCUCGACGCCGUCAAGGAUGAGCUAAAUUCCAAGGGAGUCCGCAUCAUUAAACUCGCCGAUGCGCGCGCAACCAUUAAUGCGACGAAAGGCGAGCGACCCGCAGACCCCUUACGCGACGAGAACGUGCGCGCCAACUCAGCAUUUGGGCUGUUCUACACGAGCGGCACGACGGGUCUACCCAAAGCGUGCAUCCUACCAAUCGCAGCGGGUUUUGGGUACGGCGCAAGUAAAGAUUGCGGAUUCUCCUACGUCAAGGGCGAAGACCAGCGAUAUUACGAUUGUAUGCCGUUGUACCAUGGCACCGGCGGUAUCAGCGGUAUGACGCAGUUAUUAACAGGCCAGACGCUAUGUCUCGCACCCAAGUUCAGCGCAUCCGGGUUCUGGGAUGAUAUCCGUGAGAGUCGCGCUACGUGGUUCGUAUAUGUCGGCGAAACACUCCGAUAUUUGCUCGCUGCACCGCCGUCGCCGCGGGAUAAGGAGCAUAACGUGCAUUCCAUAUACGGCAACGGUCUGCGUCCAGAUGUCUGGAAGCCAUUCCGCGAUCGCUUCGGCAUCGAGAUGAUUUUCGAAUUCUUCAAUUCAACCGAGGGCAUCAUGCCCCUCGAUAACCCCGCACGUGGUGAUUUCCGCGCUCAUGCUGUUGGCCACCAUGGCUUUCUACAGCGAUGGCGAUUCCAUAAUGUGUUUGUUCCGGUCGAGAUAGACGUAGAUACGGGAGAUAUCGCAAGGGAUCCGAAGACGGGGUUCGCGCGACGUGUGCCGUACUCGAUAGGCGGAGAAAUUCUGGUCGCACAACCACCAACCAUAACUCCUGCAUUCCCAGGUUACUAUGGCAAUGAGGAGGCAACAUCGAAGAAAUACGUACGCGAUGUAUUCCGUAAGGGCGAUCUUUACUACCGAACGGGUGACGCUUUACGACGCGAUGACGAUGGACGUUGGUUUUUCCUAGAUCGUCUAGGUGACACGUUCCGAUGGAAGGGCGAAAACGUUUCGACAGCGGAAGUAUCCGAGGUGCUAGGCCGAUACCCAGGCGUGAGCGAAGCAACCGUGUAUGGCGUGUCGUUGCCGAAUCACGAUGGUAAGGCUGGUAUGGCGGCUAUAUUCGUAGAUCCGGCUGUAAAGUCAUUCGAUUACAACGGUCUACUAAAACACGCCCGCGCCCACCUCCCCAAAUAUGCCGUCCCCAUCUUCAUCCGCCGCAUCCCCGCGCGCUCUGCCACCCACAACAACAAGCAGGAUAAAGUACCUCUAAAACGCGCUGGCGCUGACCCAUCUCGCACCGCGCCCGAUCCCGUUUUCUGGGUCGAUAAUUUUGCUAAAGGCGACUCCUACGUACCGUUCGGACCGCGCGAUUGGGAUGCGCUUAGUGGUGGACGGGCUAAGUUGUGA